UAAUAAACUUUAAAUAUGAUUCUGACCGUAUUAAUAAAUGUCUAUUUAAAUGUUAAAAAAGUCCCUUAAUACGAAAAGCUAUCUAGUAGCAAGAACACUAAGUCACUGAAUCAAUCACCAUAGUUGUGAUGGCAUCACCAUCGGCGUGUAAUUGUUGCAGAAGGAACCAUGCUUCAAACUCACCAUCCCCACCUCCUACACCAACUUCAUCUCUUCCUCAAAUCCUUUCUUCUUCUUCUUCUUCUUCUACUCGCAGCAUCACCCUUCACCAGUUUUUGCCCCUUCACCCAUCGCUUUUCAAAACUGAACAAAUCUUGAAAACCAAAACAUGCACUUCUCACUCUGCAAACUCCGAAGAACGGUUCAAGCGCCUCAUCAAGAGUCGAGACUGUGCUGCUCGCUCAAGAGCCAAACAACAGGCUUAUCAAAACCAGUUGGAAACUAAACUUGCCCUUUUAAUGGAAGAAAAUUCCACUCUCAGAACACAGGUAGACGAGUUGAAAAUCCGAUUGAAACGUGGUGCUGCACCUCCGAAAAAGCGCAGUCUCAACAGAACCUCAACAUCUCCAUUUUGAGAAGCAUCGCUGCAAUUUGCUUGCAAAGUGGUCCAAACAUUUUCUAAACUCUUCUGCUCCGACAGCGACAUUUCCUUUAUUGGACCCUUUCUCCGUACUACUGCGGAUAAAAAAAUAUAUUUCUGAACGACCCCCACCAUUUCUUUUAUUUACCCCCUUACCCCCUUACCACAUUUUUCUUUUUUUAGGUUAGAACUCUGUUUCUGAAAACCCAAUUCUCAGUUUCUAUUACUUCCCCUUUUUUGUCCGAAAAGGAUGGCCCAAUGCCACUGGCCCACUGGCCCACUGGCCCACCAUUGCUGUUUGAUGUUUCCUACCUUUCUCUUUUUCUUACGUAAAAGGACAAUCAAAUCCUCCACUUUUGUCUUCUUCUGCAUUUUAUGAUGUUAUUGUUCAUGGAGAAAUUACAUUUAUCUCGGUGAUUCCACAGGUAAAGAAAGAAAAUGAGGUAAAAAUAAGUGAAAAAAAAUAUUGUUUUUG